AUGCGUACGAUCAUCGUAAUAGCCAUUCUGAACUUCACUGAGGCUUUUAUAGGCUGUGAAGACAUUUGCAAGUCACAAAGGAGUAAUGGGAGGCCUAUGGUAUGUCUUUGCUCUCUUGAAGAUGUAAUCAGAAGCAGCACAACUUUUUCAAGUCCACAUGUAAAACGAGCUGUAGUAAUGGACGAUAGUUCAAUAUUUUAUGAACCACUUGAGUUGUCUGCUUAUAGUUCAUACUUUUUAAAACAACCGUUUUACAUACAUACACCCGAUUCUAUAAAACAAGACAAUAAUCACAUAUAUAAAACACUAAAAAGUUCUGAUAAUCAAAAUCCUUUAGAAUUCAGCAGUUCUAAAAAAAUAAAAAAAGAAGAAUCACGAAUGCUGGGUACACCGAUCGAAACCCAACCUUUUUUCUUGAACACAGAUAUUGUUAAAACUUAUAAUAACCAACAAUCGUUUGGUUUAGAUAAACAUAUUGGAAACGUACAAGAAUUAGAACAAAAUUUAAUGGAUUGCAUAAAUUUACAUAUUCUUGCAGACCUUCAAAAGGAUGAUAAGUAUAUCCUAGAUUCUAAAUAUUUAAAUGAUUAUCAUUUCAAGAAAUAUCUAGGCAUUUCAUAUUCAGACUUAAAAAAAGAAAUCCAAAGCAAAUGUAGCCACUUGACACAAGUUGUUAAAACUAGUCUCAAAGAAAUCAAAAAAAUAUUAACGACGAAAUAUAUUGAUACAAAGGCCACAUACGAAGCUCGCGCUGAAAACAAUUUUCAGAAAACUGAACCCGAUUCAAAUAACAAUAAACUCAAUCUAGAGGUAUUUUCAGUAAAAGGUAAAAAUAAGGACUCUUCAACAAGCGUUUACGUUAAUAAAACAGAAUUGGGUAAAUAUGCAGGAUCAACGAAAAGUCAAUUUAAUGAUAUAGAAAUGCCAUUAAACAAUAUCAAAGACCUCAUCAGAGCUACAAACUUUAAUCAACAUUAUUCCAACUUAAUAUCUACACCAUCGUUACUAUCAGUAGAAAAAACACACAAUUACUUAUACACGGAAAAUCCAAUAACACAAACCACCAUAUUAGACUCAAAUUAUAAAUUAAAUACAACGGCAAGUUCAUCAUUCAAUGAAAUUAUUGCUAUAAAUGACAGUAAUGUUUUAGAAAAUGAAAACACCGGUGAAAAAUCUACCAAAGUACUCGAUUUCAGUAAUGAAAUUAAUCAAUCGGUAGAAAUUUUUAACGAUAUUAACAAUGAAACUACAUUCAAAAGUACGACGUAUUCUACCGAAACAAAGACAAUGAACCAGCAUAAUAGGUCAUCAUAUCAAGUGGAUAUAUUAUCCACAAAAUAUUAUGACAAUCGCAUAACAACUACUACAGAUAAUGAUAUUAACUCAUCUUCACAAGGCAAUGGUAAAUUAGAAAGUAGGACUUCCUCAAAUUAUUUCGACACAGCCAGCAGUACCACAAGUCUAAAUAAUCAGUAUACUGAACUUCAUGAUAAUAAAGAUCGAGAAGGAAAACAUGUAGCAAUAAAUAAUACCGAUUUAACUUCCAUCUCGGUUACAUCCAAUAAACCCAAUGAAAGUGAUCAGACGAAUAAAAUUACAAAACAUAUACCUAAAGAUGAUGAGUAUUUCAACACAACACCACCCAUUACCACCAGGACAAUGUAUUAUGACAAAGAUAUGUCCAACACAAAAAUAGAAACACUAGAUUCUAUAAAUGACAAUGUUAGCAAUGAAAUUCAGCGCAACGAAAUAUUAGAAAAUCAGGACUUAAAAUAUGAUAAUUGGAAAAGUCCCAAAGGCGCCACUCAUAGGCCAUACAUAGUAAACAACAACAAUAUAGAUUUAGAUGGAAGUCUUUAUUUUGUCUUUCAAGGAUAUUCUAUACCAGCACGAUUUGUUCAGAAUGGAGAUGGCAAAAUGAAACUUGGCAUCGAUGGUGUCAGCUUGUGUAAUAAAAUAGAAGAAAAAGGAUUGCAUGACUCCUUAAUUAUUUCAGCAUUGUGUAAGUGUUCGAGAUCCGAUGAUUGUAAAGUUUUAAAGGAAAUCAUUAAUGAAUAA